AUGGCGUCCCGAUGGAGGACUUGGGACGCAGAAUAUUACAUCGAUGCACAUACCUCUAAAAUGCCUGAGGAAACAGAACCAAUAACAGCGGUUGGGCACGGAAGAGGAAAACCUGCAAAAGAUGUCGCCUCUCUCAGUCUACCCAAGGCCGCUUUGGAAAUAACAAAGGACAAAAACACGGCUCAGGCGCCUGCAAUAGGCCGCGGAAGAGCUAAUGUAAUGAAAGCACGUGCACUAACUGAUUCACCCCCUAUAAGGAAACCAGGGGAAAAGAAAGCAACAGCUGACACCAGUGUUAUUAAGGUGAAGUACUGUCUCUUUUGAUGCGGUAUGAACUUGUAAAAGUUAAAGCUACUAAUAUGCACGUGGCGCAGUGAAAUGGUUAAAACUUGGUAAUUAAACAGUCUGGAGGAAGAGGAGAUAGGAAAAAAAUAAAUAGGAAAAUAAUUAACCCUUUAACCCCUAAGAGUGACUAGCAUCUAAUUUCUCCUUACAAUAUCACCACUGAAUCACACAGUAAUGUCAUGAGAUUAAAGGAAAUGAUCACCAACUAAGGAAACUCUUGACUGUUAGACAAAUUCUCUUUAUCAGCACCUUAGUAAAUAUACAGAGAACAGUAUGGAGAAUAUGAAUACUGAUGUUAGGGUGUAAAGGGUUAAAAAUGUAAUCUGAAUUUCCAUUUAAUAGUUAUUGAAGGUAAUUUUAUCUUUAAUUAUAAACUUGCUCGCUAACCCUCAAGCUCCCAGAAGUGAUAAACAUGUAGCUCCUUCCCAAAAUAUCAACACAUUAUCCAGUAAACAGGUAAUGAGAAUACUUUAACUUUUCAGGUUGAAGUUGUUAUCUUGAUUUAAUGCCAAAUUCUUGUAAUUAGUUUACAACAAAAUGUGUUGCAGCUAGAGGGGAGAAUGAACAGUCAGAUUUUAGGAGUUAAAGGGUUAAUUAACAUUCUUGACUUGGUAUCAUUUUAAUAUUAAAACUAUAACAAUUUGAUUUAAUCUUCACAGUUGGAACUACCUCAAAAGCAGUAGGUACUACAACAUUUAAGAUUGACUGAAAUCUAUGGUGACCGUGCUUUUCUCGAUGUAAAGUAAUAUUUUCCCCUAUUUAUUUCUUUUUCAGCAACUAGAAUCCUUCCCUCCCUUAUCAGCAGCUUAUCCAACCAAAUCAAGAUCAAGUAAACAAAAUACAGAACAGCCAACCUCCACAACAAUAGUUGACAAUCCAGUUCCAAAUUACACUUCACCUGCACUUCCUAAAGUAAUAGAAGCAAUUUUUCUGCUAUCUGCCCCUAGAUAUAUCAUUUCUAGACUUUUCAGUGUUUUUCGUUACACUUAGGAGUUUGAUCCAUUUUUUAAAGUCCAAAUAAACCGUCUCCUUUUGCAAAGUCAUGGAGAGGGAAAUCCAAUAUCAUUUGAAAAAUCAGCUGUGGGAAUCUGGUUGAGAGUGGUAGAAGGGACUAUGUUCUUUGAAAGUGUGAACAUUUUUCAAAGUUGAAUUGGAUUUUAAUUAUCAUCUUAUUUUUCCAGGAGGUCAGCACACCUUUUCUUUUGAUUUUUAUAGAAACUUCUUUGUUUUUUAAAAGCAUAUGCAUCUUCAACGUUAUAAAUUCUAAAAUAAUUAUCUUCUAUCCUUCGCUUUCUCUCCAAAAGCUUUGCUUUUACAAUUGAGACCCAAUGGAUAUUUUCAUAAGCUACAUGUAUGAUCUCACUUUCUGAGUGAUCAUGCAGUGUCAAACAGAUUUUUGCAGAAAAAUCCUCUAAAAUAUUGCCUAUUUUUGCAGAAAGAUUUAUUACAGUCAUUGGAUGGCAGUGAUGUGAUCAUUAUUGAAAAUUUUCCUCCAAACAUUACAGAACAGGUAAUUAUUAUUAAUGCUCUGUUACUUAUAUUGAUCAUUAUAGGAAUUUUUUAUUUGAUCUUUUUAAUGAUGUGUAAAAUGAAAAGGAUUUAUAAUGAAUUUAAUGUGUACAUUUUUUCAGGAUCUAAUUGAUCUACUUAAUCCAUAUGGUGAUGUUCUAUCAUGUGUGAUUGAAAGAGAUGGCAAUGGAAUAAGCUUAGGAACAUCACUUAUCAGGUUUGCUACAUCUGAAAUGUGAAGAUGUUUUCACAGGGAGGCACAUCUGUCUAUUCAAUCUAGCUACCUGCUCUACUUUUUACUUUGAUUCAUAUUUCAAUAGCUCGUUUAUUGCCUGCCUGUAGCAUUUACCUGUGGUACAAGGGUAUGGCAUAAAUUUUUAAUAGACUGGCCCCUACACCAGACUAUGAUGAGUAUUUUAUAAUCCAAAAUUGUUACUCUUCCAUACCAGAGGGAGGAUUUCAUACACAUUAGUACCCCCUUCCCUUUCCACAGGUCACAGGUUGCAUACAGGAAUCACAUUUGUAUGCAAGCAGUAGGGUCAAUAACCAGGGCAGGUGUGGCAUAAAGUUAUCUCUCAAGGUUAUUUCUACCUAGUCAUAGAAGCUUUGUGAGUCCCUAAGAGAGGCUCUUUUGUGAUUUCUGGUUUUUCUGCUGUUUUGCUUUAGAAUGGAGAGCAGGACUGCCUGUGAAUGGAUAGUGAACACAUUUACUGGUGAAGUUUACCCUGGUCAGUAACAACAGUGUUUUAGAGGAUGUCGUAUUUGUUUUAAACUUGUCCAUACAAUCAUCAUCAUCAUCACCACUAUCAGCGGUAUACCUACCAUCGUUAUUCCAUUUAUUGCGAUUAUCGUUUUCUCUAUAUUUGCUGUUUACUUGGUCUUGUUAAAGCAGAGAGGUGGUGGGGAGAAUUUAACGCAGGCAGGCAAACCCAACACCCAGUCAAGGGUUUGCUUGACUUUUAGGACUUCUCCUUACCCCUGGGGCUUAGAUGAGGACAAAGUGAUCACAGAAAAGCAAACUUUACAUUAAAAACGUUUUAACAACACUUUUAGGAAAUCAGGCCCUAUUCUUCUGUUACAGGAGCUAGUGAACCUAUGGUGUGUCGUUUCCUCACAGAGUAAUGAACGCAGAAAUGAAGUAUCACAUUAACGACAAAGUUGAAGAACAGCUCAUCUGCCAAUUCAAUCUCUUUUCCAUGUCGCAGCAGGUCUCAAAGAGAGGAAUACAACUGUGCUUAAUUCUUGCGUUUGUCGCGUCGUGUUUUGUAGUUUAUGAUCUCUUACUUGGAGUCUUAUUCGUUUCCUGUUUGUUUUUCCGUUAGUGGAUCCUCUUCGCGGUGUCUGGCCUUUAGAGCUGUAACAAUUUUUAUUUUUAAAUAUUUUUGUGUUAUCUAUUGCUAUGACCUAAGGUAUGAGGAUCACAAGACUUAACUACUGAGGAACUGAAAAACAUAGGCAUGCAUAGCAUGCGAGCGUUCUUUUUUUUCAUCAUUACAGCCACAAAGAACAUAACUUUCAAAAGAACGAAAAUAUCGCAGAAAGACAGGAAAAAACCUAACUUAUCUGAACUCACACAUAUAUUUUGUGGUCUAUUGUCUCUAUUAUCUAAAUACUUCUAAGUAAAAAUGAAAUGAAUCGGUGCCACGCUUACUGUUGUCUCCUUCGCAGCCGUUUGAGAGAGAGUGCGUUGCGUGACGAGGCCAAAUAACGGUUGAAAGAAAGACUAAGCUUACUAUCGUUCCUCUAACAGAGAGGAAAUCUAAAUUCUUUGUCUACAGUUUGUUACCACAAAAAUAUAAUCUCGCUGAAUUUUACUACGAAAAGCAAACUGAAACUCUGUCGUACCUGUAAUAGACCCUAACCAAAGAUAUAUUGUGAUCUCGAAUAAGUGAAAAUACAUUGAACAAGAGAAAAAUAUAAUAUUUCAAAGAGGGUUCCAUGAUUUGUUGUUUCCUAUCUGGACUUUGCCCUCUGUGAGUGAAAUACGAG